UCACGAUUUUGUAACAACUUUGUAUCGCAGCAGGAAUGAAAAGAAGCUCUAAACAACAAUUCAACAAACAGAAAUGAAUAUCAAUUACGAACAGCAUCAAGUCACGUUCAUCAUCGACAAUCAAUAAUAUUGCCAAAUAAUGCUGCGUAUUUGAAUAGCAAUUCAAUAAAUUUUCUCAGUCGUGAACCACCACCACCAUAUAAUCAAGCAUCAGAAUUAAGAAAAAUUAUUCCGCAUAGAAGAAAUCACCCUGCAGCUAGCGUGCGAUCUCGCAUAGAAGAAUAUAGACGUCGGCUUUCUGUUUCUGAUAGUGAUUCAGAUGAUCAGUUAAGACCGAGGUAUAGGAAUCCACCGAGAGUUAAAAAUGAAAUUCUUUUAGAUGAAGAUCUGUUUUGUCCGGAUCUGGUUCGAAAUUGUAAAUCAUUGCCUGUUAUUGAUGAUGAACAAGACUACAUAGAGAUCGACGAAUUAACAUCCAAUUUAUGUCUUCAUAAUGAAGUUGGAUUGCCGAAUGCAAAAGAGUCUACUAGUAUAAAUCAUUCAUUAAAGACAAUGGGACAAAAUGUAAGCUUAAAGAGACCAAAAAUAUCACUCACAUGGGUAUUAAGAGAGCAACAAGCUCAACAAGAAACACGAAAUUCAAUAAAAUCAUUUAAUUGGAAUGUAAAAUCAAACGAAAAGGUUCUCUUUAAGAAGACUUCAAAGUCAAAUGAGAAGCUGUUCAGUGAGAAAUAUGUGAGUGAUAAUAAUUUGAAUGAUUUUCGUAACACGAAGAAACCGAAUGAGGAAAAGAAGAAGGAUGAGUCACGAAAGAGUGAGAAAAUUAAACGAUUUCACGAAACAUGCUGUAAACAGCGCAAUAGUCCUGACAGUAAUUACGACCGUCUUACAGAUUGUGCAAAAGUAAAGUCACUUAGUCAAGUUAAUUUAACGGGAAAGGAAUCGUCAAUUUAUGUCACGUCUGCACAAAGCGACAGUGGUGUAAAUAGACGGUAUAAGCGAUAUCGACGAAAAAGAUCACCAAAAUUUGGAUACAACAUCAACAAUGUGAAUGAAUUUCUCUCAAAAUGUUCAUUAAGUAAUCCAGCAAAUAUACCAGUUGUUCUUUCAAAUGCAAGCAUACUCUAUCAAACUCGAACGGGACGUCAAGUUGAGACACCACUGCCUCUUGGGAUGGUCGUUAAUUCAAUAUUUAAAAAUCAAAAUUGGCUUUACGUGCAAACACCUCACGCCGAAGAGGGCUACGUUAAUUUUCAUGCAUGCUUACCGCUUGGAAUUAUUCAAAGACCACAUUCAAUGACAACAAACUGCUGGGAAACAAACACAGACGUUUUUCCAAAUCCGUUAAGCGGGAAUCUAACGGAUUCCGAAAAAGAAGUGCAAUUACAUCGCAGUGGUGCUAGAAGUGAAGGACGUCAGACUCCAAAAUUAAAGAGAAGAAAUCCGUCGAGAACGUGCAGUGAAAAGUAUUUGGAUAGUUUAUAUCUACUCGCAAGUCAGCCAAAAAUAAUUGAUCAUGCUUAUGCAGAACUAAAGCCAACGGCUCAAGUAUCAAGGUGUAAUCAAGAGAAACUGAAUGUAAAUAUGAGUUCAAAGAGGAAAAUUUUAUUAGCAAUUACAGCUGAUUUUACGUCCGAUUUGACAAUAGUAAAGAAGGGUGAUGUUGUAAGGUUGCUUGCAUGUAAAGAAUAUGAAGAUAAAAUAUGGUAUUUCAUUAAAAAUAAAGAUGGAAGUGAAUGUUAUAUUCCAAGUUCGGUUGCAACUGAAUUCUUGUAGGAACUGACUUUCUGUAUCUUCUUACUUUUCAUUUUUUUUUUAAUUUUAUUGUGUAACCAAAAAUGAGAAUAAAACUUUAAUUAUAUUAUCUGCAUUAAGUCUUUUUAUAAAAAUUAAGUGUCGCAUCUUUGUAUGUUAAGUUUAUAGAAACAUCAAUGUUAUUACUUGCACCGCCUGCACUAAGAAACUUAUAUUGUUGGUUUUUGUACCAAACUACUGAGUAUACUGCUGGACCCGAAGUCUCUAUGUCCGAAAUCAUAUUUCCAUUUAAUGAAUACUGAAUCAUUUUAUUGGAUCCACCAGCCACAAGCAAGUUAUCAAGAUCCACAAAAUCUGUCACGUGAAUUGUACUUGGAUAGUCAAAAACUUGAAAUGGUUGCUUUGUAAUUUGGUUGAGAUGAAAAACAGCAAGUUUAGGACCGCCACCACAUGAUAGCCAUGACUUGGAAAUACUCGCACUCCCCAUCCAAUUACCAAACUGAUUUCUGCUUAUUUCUUUAUUUUCUGAAGGUUUUAUUGAGAAUGUUGCCUUUUUUGUCCUACUAUCCCAUAGCUUUACAGUUCCGUCCGAAGAGGCAGUUACAAAAUUUUGUUCACAUCCUUGAAUUGA